AUGAUGUCCCUCAAGCAGAGCAUCGAGACCUGGUGCGCGGCGCUGGCAGCAUACGACAACCACGAGUUCGAUGCCUCGCUCAAAUGCUUCGGGCAGAUUGCCGACACCUCCAAGAUCUUUUUCAACCUCGGCGUCAUUAACGCAACGCUGGGCGAGCACGCCAAAGCCGUCGACUACUACCAGCAGGCGGUGCAUCUCGACCAAUACCUAGCCGUGGCGUAUUUCCAGCAGGGCGUCAGCAACUUCCUCAUGGGCGACUUUGAGGAGGCACUGGCGAAUUUCAACGACACGUUAUUGUAUCUGCGCGGCAACUACCACAUCGACUACGAGCAGCUGGGGCUGAAGUUCAAGCUGUACUCUUGCGAGGUGCUUUUCAACCGUGGAUUAUGUUACAUCUACCUCCAGCAAAAGGAUGCCGGCAUGCAGGAUCUGGUCUUUGCAGCCCGGGAGAAGCGCGUUCCCGAUCACGACGUGAUUGAUGAGGCCAUUCGAGAGCAGGCGGAGGGCUACACCGUGUUCUCCAUCCCGGUUGGCGUUGUCUACCGCCCGAACGAGGCCAAGGUGCGGAACCUGAAGACCAAGGACUAUCUGGGGAAAGCGAGAUUGGUUGCGGCGCAGGAGCGGACGAGUCAUAGCGAUCCGCGGCGACUGGCUGCGAUGGCAAGACUGGCAAUUGACGACAGGCCGGAGGAGAAGCUGUCAUAUGCCGCGCUGAACUUGGUGAAGCCGGAUCUCAGAAGUCGGUCACGACAGCAAUCCGAGCCGCCAUUGCAGCGCAACAUCUUCCCGCCUACACCGCCUCCCGAGCUGGAGCACCCCGAUCUCCUCCAAAGUCGAGCGAGACGGAAAUCGAAUGAGAGCACGAGCUCGCUUACCAUCGGCCUGCAACAAUCUCGCCCGGCUGCUGCAACACCAAGCCGACUUGACCUGGGCGUUGCGGCAUUCCAUCAACAAGUGCAAACAGAGAAGGCGCGUGCUGCGCCAAAACGAUCCGAGUCCGAACGCCCGGCACCUCGCCGUCAAUUCUCCGACAGUUCAGCAAGACUAGAAAGCAGUCGACAGCACGAGCAAGUGCGGAGGCAGCUUGACUUGCCCGAAGUCCGCAUCCACGAAGAUCCUGUGACGCCCUCUGACAACGAUGGUGCGAAUGAAGGACUGCUGCCCAUCGGCCUCGGCCAUCAACGCAACAAAUCAAAUGUCACCACCGGCACACGCAGCCAACCGACCAUCUCCGAAGAAGACGAAGACGACGUGGACGACUACGACGACAUCUCCGACCCAUCUGCCGCACCACCUCCGCUCGCCUUCGAAAUCAUCCCACCGCGACCACCCCACCGCCGCCAGCCCUCCAAACGCGUGCCAGACUUCCGCAAAGUGCGCAUCAAAGUCCACGCCGAGGACACGCGGUACAUCAUGACCGUGCCGAGCGUCACCUUUGCGCAGCUGGCGGAGCAAAUCCGGGUGAAGUUUGGGCUGCGCGGGGGGUUCAAGUUGAAGGUCAAGGAUGAGGAUGGGGAUUCGAUUACGAUGGGCGACGACGAUGAUUUGGAGAUGGCGAUGGGGUUUUGUCGGGCCGGGGCGGCGAGGGAGCGCUCGGAGAUGGGCAAGAUGGAGAUUUGGGUGGUGGAGGUUUGA